CCUGCUCCAUCUCUUCCGUUGUUGUUCUAGCCGCCAUUUUUGUGAAUUGGAGUUUUCAUGGAGAUUAUGGAAAAGCAUUCGUAGUUCGAUUUAUACAGUUUCUUUUGUUCAUUGUAAAAUUGAGUACAGAAACAACAAUCUUUCAGCAUAUUACAUCCACGAUUUUUUCUUCAGUUUUGUGACGAUGGAUGUGGAAGAAACCUCAAGUUUGCCUCUGCCAGAUGCUUUUCUUGAUUUUCUGAAUCAACAUGACUUGGAUCCUUCUAUUUAUACUGCCACCGAUUCCAUACCUCGUUAUAUAAGGAUAAAGCCCGGUUAUGAGGAUUUGCUUGAAGAAAUUGAAAGUGAUAUUAGAUGCAAGCUUGAAAGAGUUUGUUGGUUGCCCAACUUUUAUCAUCUUCAACCUGAUGUUCGAAUUGCUAGUUCGAAGGCAUACCAAGAAGGGAAGAUGUAUGGAAUUGAUGCAGCAUCCGGAGCUGCUGUGACAGCUUUGGACAUUGCAGUUGGGGAUCAUGUCCUUGAUCUUUGUGCUGCACCUGGUGCUAAACUUUGUAUGAUGUUGGACAUUCUUGGCAGUUCGGGUUCUGUGACUGGUGUUGACAUUGCAAAACAUCGAUUAGCGGCCUGUAGAACCAUGCUACAGAAAUAUAGUCUUGGUGAUCAUUGUCGUCUUUUUGUUGCUGAUGGAACCAGUUUUUCCCUUCUCCCUGUCAGGGUCCAUUCAGGCUCUCCGUUGCAAAAUGAAAAUGCGGAUGAAUUUGCUUCCGGAGAAAAAUCUGAAGUAUAUCGGGAGUGGAAGUCUCGCAGACCAUGGAAAGAAAGGAAGAAGGAAGCUAUAGCUAGAGAAAAAGGUGUCUCCAAGCUAUUCUCACCAACUCAAGAACCAGAGCUUAUAUUUUAUGGCCGGUAUUCUGGGGUGGUUGGGAUGAGAAAAAAUGAAUUAUAUCAAAAGAUGCCUAUCAGUGAGGUUUUGCAGCUCGGCUAUGACAAGGUUCUUGUGGAUGCAGAAUGUACCCAUGAUGGUUCUAUUAAGCAUGUUCAGAAAUUUGAGCAAUGGGGCUGGACAACCUUCCAGCGCCGUGUGCUAGAUGCAGAAAGAACCGAUGAUCUGACUGUCCUUCAGCUGCAACUUCUGACUAAUGGAUUCAGAUUGCUCAAAGUUGGGGGAGUCCUUGUCUAUAGCACUUGCAGUUUAACCUUUGCUCAGAACGAAGAUGUGGUCGAGCUGUUCCUUUCGGAGAACACAUCUGCAGAAUUGUUGGCGAUUACUGCUGCCAAAAUUGGCCAUGCAAGAGUGGUCGAAUACAAAAAACCUUGCGAUUUGAUCCUUUGACAUCUUGUACAAGCGGAC